AUGGACGACAAUCCCCAAACCGUGGACGACCACGACGACCACGACGACCACGACGACCAAGACAAUCUCCAAACACUUCAAAUUCCAAUGACUUUACGACAGUGGAAUGCCUCAAAAGACCUCAUCAUGGCUUUACUCAGAAACUCGAUCAUUCAUACUUAUCGUUGGACUGCUGACACGAAUGUACUUGAGAUACUGUAUCCGAGACAGAAUGAUACGGCGAAUGAGGCGGGGACUGAGGGCUGGUCCGAGAUUUUAUGUCAAUCUUCUUCUACACACACAUCUACCAUUGCAGACAAACGGUUACAAACUGGUCAAGACUUCGACAUGUUGGAAUCUUUUGACCUUUCCCUUUCGCUUGAUGGCCUUCUCAAGCUUCUCGCCGUGUUCAUUCUGCUCUCCGUCUUGGUCGCUCUUCUACAGUCUGACGCCACGGUUGGAGCAGUCCGUCGUGCCGUAAAAAACUGUGCCGCUCUUCCCCUUCUGCUCAUUGCCGACUUGAUUUCUGGUGUCGAGACGGUUUUGGCUUCUGGACAUGCUCGAUCUAUCUUCGCCAUCGUCCAAAACACGAUCUUCGGCAUUGCUGGAUAUUCCAGAAAGAUCAUAAAGGACGCCAACAUCUCUGCCAGGACUCGGGACAUCUUCUUGACUGUUUACCGCACAACCGUCCAGUAUGUCGAUGCCGCUCAACUUCUUACUGGACGUAUCAAGCGCCUCUUCGCCAUUGCCCAGGCUCUUCUCACCAUUGCUUGCGAGGCUGUCAUCGACUACAUCCGUGUUCUUCGUACAGGUAGAAGCAUAUCAGAUGAUGUUUUGUCCAUGUACAAUGUUAUGCUUUGUACCAGCAUUCGCAUAAUCUCUUUGCUCUACGUCGUCUCCAAGGGUCUCGGCAACUUGGUGAGCACGAUUGCGAUCUGGAUCCACACACGCCUCAGAAAAUCUGAUGUCUACGCCUCUUCCGCCGAUCUUCUCUUGAGCAUGCCAGCCAUUGUCUCACACAAGCUUGACUCUUUCUGGUCAAAUAUACGUGGUGGAUUGAACCAAAAGCUCACGGCUGUGCUUGAACUCAUCUUUUCAGAUGGAUAUACGAUGGAGAGUUCUUUUUUGGAUUCCUCAGCUGGCAUGUCAUCUCUCUCGACAGAUGUAGCCCCAGCAUCGAACUCGGACUCUCAAUCGCCAUGGAAAGGACGUCUGCGAACUCGCCCUUCUGAUACCUUCAGACGCCAACGAAUGACUUGA